GCCGGGGGCGGGGCCGGGCGGGGCCGGGCGGGGCGCGCGGGGGGCCCCGAGCUCCCUCCCCGGGCCGGAAGCCUUUCCCGGAGCGGCUGGACGGAGGGGAUCCUGAGCCUCUCGGCAGUGAUAAGCAAUCAUGAGACUGUGGAUGAUUUAGUCCAGCAAAAUUUCCAGUUGGGAACGUGCAUCCUUCAGACUCAGACCCCAAAUGGCGCAGUGGGAGAUGCUACAGAAUCUCGACAACCCAUUUCAGGAUCAGCUGCAUCAGCUCUACUCAGAUAGCCUCCUGCCAGUGGACAUUCGACAGCACUUGGCUGUCUGGAUUGAAGAUCAGAACUGGCAGGAGGCUGCCCUGGGCAAUGAUGAUUCCAAGGUGAACAUGCUGUUCUUCCAUUUCUUGGACCAACUGAAGUAUGAGUGUGGCCGCUGCGGCCAGGACCCUGAGUGCUUUUUAUUACAGCACAACUUGCGAAAAUUCUAUCGGGACAUUCAGGCCCUUCCCCAGGGCCCUACCCAGUUGGCUGAGAUGAUCUUCAAUCUCCUUCUGGAAGAAAAAAGAAUUCUGACCCAGGCUCAGAGGGCUCAGUUGGAGCAAGGAGAUCCAGCCCUCAAAACACCUGUAGAAAGCCAGCAGGAUGAGAUUGAAUCCCGGAUCCUGGAAUUAAAGGCUAUGAUGGAGAGGCUGGUGAAAUCCAUCUCCCAACUGAAAGACCAGCAGGAUGUCUUCUGCUUCCGAUAUAAGAUCCAGGCCCAAGUGAAGAAAUUCUCCUUAGACCCCCAUCAGAUGAGACAGCACCAGCUUCUGCAGGAAACUCUCAAUGAACUGGACAGAAGGAGAAAGGAGGUACUGGAUGCCACCAAAGCAUUGCUAGGCCGAUUAACUACCCUUAUUGAGCUACUGCUGCCCAAGUUGGAGGAAUGGAAAGCCCAGCAACAGAAAGCCUGCAUUGGAGCCCCUCAGGAAGGAGGAUUGGAACAGCUGGAGAAGUGGUUCACAGCUGGAGCCAAGCUGUUGUUCCACCUGCGCCAGCUGUUGGAGGAGCUGAAGGGAUUAAGUCACCUGGUUAGCUAUCAGGAUGACCCUCUGACCGCAGGGGUCAACCUGCGGAAGGCCCAGGUCCUGGAGUUGCUACAGCGCCUGCUCCACAGAGCCUUCGUGGUAGAAACCCAGCCCUGCAUGCCCCAAACUCCCCACCGACCCCUCAUCCUCAAGACUGGGAGCAAGUUCACUAUCCGAACAAGGCUCCUGGUGAGACUCCAGGAAGGCAACGAGUCACUGACUGCAGAAGUUUCCAUUGACAAGAAUCCUCAAUCACAAGGCUUCCGGAAGUUCAACAUUCUAACCUCAAACCAGAAAACCCUGACCCCCGAGAAGGGGCAGAGUCAGGGCUUAAUUUGGGACUUCGGUUACCUGACUCUGGUAGAACAACGUUCAGGUGGCCCAGGAAAGGGCUGCAAUAAGGGCAUGCUGGGUGUGACGGAGGAACUGCACAUUAUCAGCAUUACAGUCAAAUACACCUACCAGGGUCUGAAGGAGGAGCUGAAGACAGACACCCUCCCUGUGGUGAUUAUUUCCAAUAUGAACCAAGUUUCCAUUGCCUGGGCCUCGGUUCUUUGGUUCAAUCUGCUUAGCUCAAACCCCCAGAAUCAGCAGUUCUUCUCCAGCCCUCCCAUGGCACCCUGGAGCUUGCUGGGCCCUGCUCUCAGCUGGCAGUUCUCCUCCUAUGUUGGCCGAGGCCUUGACCCAGACCAGCUGAGCAUGCUGAGGAACAAGCUCUUUGGUCAGAACUCUAGGACUGAGGGCGCAUUGUUAUCGUGGGCCGACUUCACUAAGCGAGAGAGCCCUCCUGGCAAGCUACCAUUCUGGACGUGGUUAGACAAAAUUCUGGAGCUGGUACAUGACCACUUGAAGGAUCUCUGGAAUGAUGGACGCAUCAUGGGCUUUGUGAGCCGGAGCAAGGAACGCAGGCUGCUGAAGAAGACCAUCUCUGGCACCUUUCUCCUGCGCUUCAGUGAAACAUCAGAAGGGGGCAUCACCUGCUCCUGGGUGGAACAUCAGGAUGAUGAUAAGGUGCUCAUCAACUCUCUGCAACCCUUCACCAAGGAAGUGCUUCAGUCUCUCCCACUGACCAAAAUCAUUCGCCACUACCAGCUGCUUACCGAAGAGAACAUACCUGAGAACCCACUGUGCUUCCUCUACCCCCGAAUCCCCCGGGAUGAGGCUUUUGGGUGCUACUACCAGGAGAAAGUUAAUCUCGAAGAACGGAGGAAAUACCUGAAACAUAGGCUCAUUGUGGUCUCUAACAGACAGGUGGAUGAGCUGCAACAACCGCUGGAGCUUAAGCCGGAGCCAGAAGCAGAGUCCUUGGAGCUGGAGACAGGACUAGACCCAUUGCUACAGCAAGAGCCAUGCCUGGAGUUAGAGCCACUGCUAGCGGCUGGGCUGGAUCUGGGGCCACCACUGGAGCCCAUGCUGGAGCCUACGCUAGACAUGGUACCCCAGGGAGUGUCAGAACCAGACUUGGGACCAGAGCUGAGGCUGGAGCCUCUCCCAGACCCUGCAUCACAGGCAGUGCCAGAGCCAGAUCUGCCCCAUGAUCUGAGACACUUGAACACUGAGGAAAUGGAAAUUUUCAGAAACAGUAUGAAGAUUGAGGAAAUCAUGCCAAAUGGUGACCCACUGUUGGCUGGCCAGAACAUCAUGGAUGAGGCUUACGUCUUCCACUCCAGCCAUUUCUACACGGAUGGACCUUUGAUUCCUUCUGACUACUAGGAACUGCAUUUCCUGUUCUUCCUGUAUCUUUUGUCCCUGCUACCCCCUACAUCAUGAUGUUGCUCUCUAAGAAUGGAAAACCCAUUCUAAGCUGGUUAAGUUAACUCUGGGUUUUGGAGUGGAAAGUAAAACCAUACUACGGGUACGAAAGAGGCACCAAUGAAUCAGAAUAGAUGUUAGCGAUGGCUCUAACUACUAUUUUAGGCCUGUUUGGGGAGGUACAGGAGUUCUGAGGGUAGGCCAGGACAGUUAGGAGGUACUUAGAAGGCUCAGGCACUUGGAGUGGCUUCUUUCCAGUGUGGGAGGAACGUCAACAUUCGAAUAGUUGGUCAGGCUAAUGUGGUGGUGCCCACAGCAUUGGCCAUUGGUAGGGAACAGAGACAUGUGAUGGGAUUCCAUUUCUCUCUUCUGGUUCCCUAAUGUCUAGAAUAAUCUUUUCCUUCCUUCUUCUUCUCACUCCUGAUUCAAGUCCUAAAUUCCUUUGUUUCCUGCAGAAAUUGAGAGCUUUCUGCUUCAGCCUAUCAUGUGAAGCUCCCCUCAAAAGAAGGGAAUAGGAGAUAAACCUCCUCUGCUUAACAGUCUCCUCCCCUGCCUCCCAAGCUGGCCACACCCAUUCCUUCCCCUAAAAUGAUCCUGCCAAUCUAAUAUGCCUGUGAAGCUUUGCACAAUAAUUCUCUCUGUCUAGUCUCCACUUCCUCACUGCUUAGGAGACCAACUGUUACUCUUGGAGGUCAAGGAUGGUGGAGUUGCUGGGCAUUUAGGAAUCGCUUUUUAUAGUAUAGGUAGAAUUUGAAAUUUUUACAGAGCAAGAUCUUGCUCUGCGUCUUAGAUAUUUCUCUGUUAAGAUAUCAUUCAUUCUUUUGUGCAAUAUAUUGUUUUUCUGAAAGAGUUUCUGUUCCUUGGGUGUGGACCUGGGCAAAAACCAGGUUCCUGGAACUUAGAACCUUGAAUGUUUUUCAUGGGGCUCCAGACAAUCUCACACAUUAGUCAUUCCCAGGGAACCCCAGGACAACUGCCUUUGUUCUAAAAUAUGUUUCUAGUAUGACUUGAGACGUAACAGAAGUGAGGCCCUGCACAUGGGGCUGUUUUCUGGCUGGUAUGUUAGAGGAAUAGUCCUGUUCAGAAAGAGGCCCUUCUGAGCAGAUGUGGCUAAUAAACUUCGUGCUGACCUAGAA